AUAUUGUGAUUUAGCCAAAGUUGAGGAAAUUAUUAGUAAUUAAACUAUCGCUCGCCAGGCUCUUGAUUUCCAAAACUGACGGUCACGCUUCACUCAGAGAAUCCCCCUCCGUCGCUGUAUCCCCUAGAAAUUGAAGAAGAAGAAGAAAAGCAGCGAACAAUCGAACGAGUUAAUUGAAUCGAAUUGAACACAGUACAAUCUCUGAGGCAAUGGAGUUCUGGCAAAAGGCUAGAAGCUUCGCCGAAGAUGCCGCGAAGCGUUCGCAAGAACUGACCAAAGAAGCCGCAAAGCGCUCUCAGGACCUCACCAUCGGUUCCUCCAAGAUCUCCGAUCUCGUCUCCGAGACUGCCAAGCGCUCCAAGGAGAUCGCCGCCGAGGCCUCCAAGCGAGCAGAUCAGAUCAAGCUCGAGGCCCUACGCGGCGCUGGAAAGCUCAAAUCCCUUGCUGACCAGAUCCCCGCCGGCAAUCUCUCCCUCGUCGACUCGUUGCCGGCACCAGCCAAGGCUGCCCAGCCCGCUGAUCUUGAGAGGUUCGGCGUUACGGAUGAGUUGAGAGAGUUCGUCAAGGGAAUCACCUUCAGUACGUUUCAGGAUUUUCCUCUUGAAGAUGAUGCAGAAAUGACUAAUGUUCCCACUAUCUCCAAUGUUCGGCAGGAUCUUACAGAAUGGCAAGAAAAGCAUGCCAAUCUUGUUCUCUCAACCGUCAAGGAAAUUUCAAAGUUAAGAUAUGAGUUAUGCCCACGUGUUAUGAAGGAAAGGAAGUUCUGGAGGAUUUACUUUAUACUAGUAAACAGUCAUGUGGUACCGUAUGAGAAGCGAUACAUGGAGGAAGUAAAGAUGAAUUCCACAGAGCAGGUAAAAGAUGAUAGAGUGAUGGAAACAUCAAAGGUUGCAACAUCUAAACCCGAAGCAAAGGGAGUAAAAGAACAGAGCAAGACUUCAACUUCAUCACAUACUGAGCAAGACUUGGAUGUGUUUCUCUUGGGGGAUCUUGGGGACAGCGAUGAUGGACCAGAUGAUGAGGAUGGGGGAUUUGAUGAUGAUUUUGACAAAAUGGUGGAUAGUUCAGUAAGCACUAGUUCUUUUUUCUCCUUGUACAUUGCUUAAAGUUUUGCUUCCUGAUAAUGGUGCCUGCCUCUAGGUUGCUCAACUGAAUGAAUUUAACUAAAACACAAUUUGGGAGUGGAAUGUUGGUCCAGGGCUUACUGGCAUCCUUUUUUAUUAGGUCAAUUAUUGUUGUAUUAAAAUUUUGUAGUAUAGCUCAUGCAACACAAGUUUCAACACACUGGAUGCAUAUAUUUGCUCUAUGUACAUGUGUGUUCUUUUGGGGACAUGGGCAUACUUUCAUGCAUGAUCGCUUGACUGGCCCUAGGUACUCAAUGGUCCCCUUAGUUGGGUUUGGUGCUGGUCUGCUUCAAUUGCCAUAAAUUGAUAUUGCACUAAAAAAUAUUAUUGACUUUGUCCUUUGUAACUUUAAUGAACCUGCAGGAUGAUGAAAAAUCAAAAUAGUCUGCUAAUGGAACUGUGGCAACAUUGCGGCAUAUCACUGCUACUCAAGCUUUUACAGAAGGAAAAGAGACAUCUUGAUGAAUGAAUGGCUGAUUGGGGUAUAAUAGACAAUGGAUAAAGCUUUUUUCAGAAUUUCGGAAUUUUAUUGUUUCUUCUCAUACUUAUCAAAAUUAUAAUAAUUGUUUUAUUUAUCUGCUUCUCUUCCUCCCUUAACUCAACUGCUGUGUCUCAUUGGUGUAAAGAAUGCUAUUAGUAUCCAUUGCUGACGAUUUUAGUUCACAAAUGUAAUUUUCAUCCAAUCUUAUAGAUGUGUGGUUUCUAUGCAACAAA